AUGUCGCUCAAACGCCGUCUCGGAUUCGCCAGCACAAGAUCCUUCACCCUUACUUCCAUCUUCGCAGGCGCCCUCUUUCUCUUCUCGACUCUCCAAUUUCCGUACAUUGAUAUUGAUCGUGUAUUUUGCGCCGAUGUUCCUUGGGCUGUACCUGGCGAAUGUUACUGGUUCAAGAGGCCCGGUCUGAUGAGAAAUGGCUUGUUUUUGCACCUGGUUACAUUUUUGCCAGCAGGUGCUCUUGUCUGUUUCCAGUUUAUCCCAGUUCUACAACGGCCCAACACUUCUUUACUAAAAGCUAUCAUUGCGAUCAGACAAGGAAAGAUUCGAGAGCAUAGAGCCUGGAUGCUAAGAGGCUGGUUUUAUAAUCUAGCUCAAGAAGCACUUGUGACAACCAACUGGGAUCUGAAUGAUUUGCCAGGUAUAACGGCGGCUUUGAGAAUUGGAUACGCAGUUGGAGGUUGGGUUGCAUUUGCCAUCCAUUCUGUGGGUAUCGAGGUCCAUAUUCGAAAAACGUCACCGCAGUACAAAUUCAAGACUAUAUAA